AUGAGUAUAACAGCAGUUCGUUUUUUCAUAUUUAUUCUUCUUAGUUGUUUAAUUAUUCGAGUGAAUUCUCAAACAUGUGAUGGAAUGUCUCAAUAUGAUCAAUGUUCGACAAAUAGUGCAUGUGGAUGUCUUUAUAGAGCAGAUUUUGAUGAUAUUGCUAUUUGUGGUUUUCUCGGAGUGACUUGCUCUGAACUUGUUUCCUGUGAAUCUUUAAACAAUGCUUGUGAUGAGCCUAAUCAUAUCUGCAUUCGUCAUCCACGAUGCCAUAAUCUUCCGGUUUGCUAUCCAUUAUCAAUGAUUGAUCAACAAAUGUGUCCACCAAUUACAAAGGUAACUACUACAGCAACAACAUCAAUACGAACAACAACAACGACACGUAUUCCACAAAAUUGUUCCGAUUCGAAUCUCAUUACAUUCGACACCAUAACAAAUGAACCUUCAGGCGAAGUACCUUCUGAUUACAUUGGCUUACAAUGGAAAAAUUUUUAUGUGAUGAAUGUAACUGCUUUUCCAUUUUAUAGUACAAGUGGUUUCUAUACGGCACGUCAAAGUGGAUAUAUUGCAUACAAUAAAAAUGGAUCAACAAUGACAAUUAGUUCUAAUCCACCAUAUGUGUUUAAUUUAUAUUCUUUAAUUGCUUCUUCUGGUUUUCAAAAUCGGUUAAAAUUAAUAAUGAUUGGAAAACGUUCAUCAAAAAUAUGGGGUUCUGCAAUGUAUCCUUUAUACACACAUUGGCCACAAUUAAUCGAAUUAAACUAUUUGAAUAUCGAUAGCAUCACCUUUUCAACUACUGAUCCAGCGGAGUUUGCAAUAGACAAUUUGUGUAUCUCGAUCUCACCAUUAACAACAACUGUCGAACCUACAACAGCAACAUGA